CCCUUUAAUCCUGUCUUUCUCGCUGUUAGCAUGGAGCUGUCAGCUGUUAGCUGUAUUUCAGCGGUAGUUGCUAUCUAUUAGUCUCUACCAACACUCAACCUUAUGGCUGAGUUAUUAAUGCAUUUCUCUCAGACGGAUUUAUUUGUACGGAUAUUUUGAUGGAUCUGGCCUUAGUUUGGUGUGUUAUAGCAGCACAAAAGUUCGUCUGUCAGGCUUCAUGUUUGGCUAACUGUUGCCAACGUUUGUAAGGCUAGCUAAUGCUAACGUCGCUAGCAUGAGCUAACGGAAGCCGGUGGAGUAAAGUAGCGUUAGCGGUUAAACAUACCGUCUUUCUUCCCAUGGAUCAUGUUUGAUAAAGUGUUUUCUUAAUAGCUAUAUAAGUGCCGUUUGGUAACGCAAAAUCCCAGGCUAACUUACCUGCCUUGCAAGCUAAACGCUAACAGUUAGCUUUAGCUCUCCUGGUUGAAUCUUGCCUAAUUUCAAACAGCGAGCUUCCAUCACCUGCUCCCAAAAUGAUGGACUUUGAUAAUAUAUUGGACAUCGCCUCGCAAAAUCAGGGCGUCAGCAGUGUACAGCAGAAGAGAUACAGUUUACAAGCCGGACCACCCAAAAAGGACCCGAGGUCGAAAGGCGUAAGUGCUGCUGCUGUGCAGGCACUUUUGAAGAAGAAACGCAGUGACAUGAUAAAGAAAGAAAUUGAAAUGAAAAAACAGAAGCAGGAGCUACUGGCCAAGAGGGUUGAGUUGAAGUCGGACCGUAAAGCACGAGCCAUGGCUUCCAGAACUAAGGACAAUUUCAAAGGUUACAACGGCAUCCCAGUGGUUGAUGUUCCUAAAAAGAGGAAAUCAAAACUAGAAAUGCAGGAAGAAAAGUCGAUGAAUGAUGACAGGUUUAAGAAUAACAUAAUUGACCCAGAGGAUGAUGAGGAUAAUUACGAGUAUGAACAGACAGAUUCAGAGCCAGAGCCAGAGCCAGAACUGCUGCGACCAGGGAAAAACACUGGUUUUAGUGGGAGUAGCAGCAGCAAGCCUUCCUCUAAAAAAUCUAGUGGGCCACCCAAGCCCCCUCCACCUCCCAUGAACUUUGCAGAGUUACUCAAAUUGGCAGAGAAGAAGCAGCAUGAACCAGUCGAGGUAAAAGCCAAGUUAGUGAAAAAAGAAGAGAGGCUUCGAACAGCUGAAGAGCUAAGAGAAUUGGAGAUGGAACGCAAGGCUAAGAAACAGAGAGAAAGAGACAGCAAGCCUCAGCCAAGUUCUAGUUCAAUAAAGAAAAACACUUCAGAGAAAGAUCAGAAGAAUUACAAACCACAGAAGACAUCUGUGGAAAAGCCAAGUUUGCCCAGUGGGUCAGUAAAGAAGUUACAUCCAACACCGACUAGUGAUAAAGGCCGCUCUUCUUCCAAGUCCUCUGUAAGCGACAAGGAAAGGGAACGACCUAAGAUGUCCAUUAAUGAUAGAGACAGACCCAAGACAAGCUUGUCUGGUUCAUCUGGUGCCAUGAACAGUAAAAUUCCUUCGAAAGCCACAUCUUCUCAGGUUUCAGCCAAACAAGGGGGCCUCAAGCCCUCAUCUAGCCACAAAUCCAGCACCUCAAGUGACCUUAUCCUUAAAAAAGAAAGCGCAUCAAGAGCUUCGGGUACUCCUGGGACCAAAGCUCCUGGAACAGCUGUAACAGGCCAAAGAUCACAACAUGGGAGCACCCAACAGACCAGGCCCAGCCAGGGUAGCUCAUCGAGGCAGGGACCUAUAGUUGGAGGCCACAAGUCUGGAAGGGGAGAACCACUAAGGCCUGGUAUGAAUUCUGUCGUAAAGUCGAGCGGUAUUUCAGUGAUGAGACCUUCAUCAGGGAGCCAACCUCAGUCGAGGCCGGGGGGCACACUACAGGCAAAAGCUGGUGGUGUCCCACAGGCCAGGCCCGGUGCGAGUGGCCCACAGGGUCAACAUAAAGGUGGCGGAGCCCGACCUCCAGGGAGUGGUCCUGGUCGGCCUGGUAAUGGAGGACCAGUGCCUGGACGACCAACCGGCAGCAUCGGAUCAGGACCUGGAAGACCCAAGUGCACUGUGGUAUCAGAAACCAUUUCAUCCAAGAAUUUUGGUGGACCCAGACCAGGAGGCCCUCCUCGACCAGGCGUGCCACAGAGACCUGGGAUGGCACCUAGACCAGGAAUGCCUCCUAGACCAGGAAUGCCUCCUAGACCAGGAAUGCCUUCCAGACCAGGAGUGCCACAGAGACCCAUGAUGAACAGACCACCAGGUCCAAUGUUGCCACCUAUCACCUCUGCAUACAAGAGGAAAUUAGAGGAUGAGGAAGACGAGUAUGACUCAGAAAUGGACGAUUUUAUUGAUGACGGAGGUGAUGAUCAAGACGAUGUUUCCAGGCACAUUAAGGAAAUUUUUGGCUAUGACAGAAACAAAUACAAAGAUGAAAGUGACUAUGCACUUAAAUUUAUGGAGAGCAGCUGGAAAGACUUGCAGAAAGAGGAGGCAAGGAGCCUGAAAAUGGCUGUGCAGGAAGACCUGGAGGAGGAGAGAAGAGAAGAAGAGGAGUUUCGAAGGAAAAAUGCCAAGAGGACAAAAAAGAACUGAAAUAAACAUUGUUAUUGAGCUGAA